AUGUACGCCCUAAAAGCAGCCGGAUGUGUCGCGUUGCUCGGCCACGCCGUGUAUCAAUUUGAGCACAACCCAAGUUGGUGGUUACACUGCCCAUCUUACGUCUCCGCCGCUUUACUAUCGCUGCUCCCGUUUCCGAAUUCCUACAUUUGGAAAUUACUCUCGUCAAUUUCGGUGAUUGGCGGCGGGCUUUUCAUGCUAUUUUUGGCCUACACCUUCCAUAAACUCGACGGAACCAUCGGACUCGUUUUGGACGAGGGAAAAGCCCUGCUUCCGGUCUCUGUGGGCGUCUUUUUGAUCGCAAGUACACGACUGACCUAUGGACACCUAUCAUCGCCAGUGGAAUAUUUUAGGGGCUUCAUCCUAACCGCCGUGCUGUUCGCCUCCGUGUUGUGUGCCGGGUUUUCGAUCAAGUAUUUCACGCUUGAGGCC